AUGAAUACACUAUCGUCAGGGCAGCGGGCAUGUCGACCGUGUGCAACAGCGAAGCGGAGAUGCGGGAAACAAACGCCGCAGUGCUCGCGAUGCGCCAGCCAGGGCCUCGAAUGCACAUAUCCCCCGCCGAGGCCGUCCUGCUUUGUCCUCUGCAGCGAUGAAGACGAGGAACAGACGCCGUCGACCGUCCCUCUUGAGCACACUCUUGAGCACGAUGUCUUGCCAUACUACGAUAACGCUUUACAGCGAUCGCUGAUCCCCUCCACGGCGACCACAAGCCCCAUGCCGCGCGCGGGCCUUGAAGGCAUAGGGUCCAUCAGCCUUUGUCCAGGAUUGAAUUUUGUGUCAGACCCAACCUACGAUUCUCCACGGGCCGCUACCAGCUGGUUCACGUCGCCUGAAACCUGGGAAAUCGUGCAUUUCCCGCAGGCGAAAAUGGCGCCGGUCAGCGGAACCGGGCUGAAACGCUACCUCUCCAUCAUCCAGAGGUGGUUCGUGCAGUGGGCGGAAACAGGCAGCACCACAUUCGUCCAUCGGCACCUGUACCGCAAUACCUGUCCGCCUUGUAUCCAGGAUGCCUAUUCCACUUUGACGUGCUAUCUCCACAAGACGGCUUGGAACGAGCACAUCAUCCUGCAAAUGAUCGAAGACCGUGUCAGACGGUUGGUCGAGGAUCAUGAGGGAGUGAAGGAACCAGCAGAGUUGCGUUCAGGUUCAAUCACGGCCCAAAACGGCACCAAGAACCAGAGUACCACCACCCCCCUUGAUGCUCUGGGUCAUCUCUCUCGCGUCCAGGCUUUGAUGGUAUAUCAGUUCCUGGGCCUCUUUGAUGGGGACAUCCGGCUGCGCCAUCUCGCGGAGAAGCGCAUCCCGCUAUUGGAGAGCUGGUUGCAACAGAUGCUCGACCAUGCGAGGCAGACCGUCAGCUGGCUGGGCGAGUCGAUCAUGUCACCGACACCGUCACCGUCACCGUCGCUGGACCACCACCGUUCUUCUUCUCCUUAUCGUCGCCGAGGUUCCAAAGGCGUCCGUGAGCCUGGGCCAGAGUCUGGGUUUGAUUGGGACCAUUGCCAAAAUGUGCUUUGGUAUUCCUGGAUCAUGGCCGAGAGCAUCCGACGCACCCAGAUUGUCGGGUCUAGUAUCAAUUCCGUCUACCUUACCAUGCAACAGGGUCGACCGACGGGAUGUCGAGGCUCUCUCAUGUUCACCACCCGCCAUGGAGCUUGGGAGGCCGACUCCGCCCCAGCUUGGGAGAAACUCUGUUUGGAAGUCAAUAUCGGCUUGAUGCAGAGCGCAGAAGUCGAUACGCUGCUCAUCCAGUCCAAGCCGGAGGAGGUCAAUGACUUUGCCAAGGAUUUACUCGACGCCAUCCUCGGCUGGCAGGAGGCAUGA